AGACGCCUCUCUGCCAUGUUGGUGUCCUGGCCGUGAACAUACACGUCUGCCGCCGUGAAGCUGUGCCCUAGCUCGGUUUCACAUGUUUUUACACGGUUAUUAAGUUGAAGUAGAUGAGAUUAAAUGCGUGCAGCAGAUCUGUAGUGCGGCCAUAAGCGGGACGAGCCUUGCACCAUGUCAGCCAGCGCUCAGGAUUUCGACUUUGAUGAAUAUGACAAACCCGGUGCAGAACGGUCACGCAGGAGGAGAGGAGAAGGUGAUCCCGAGAGUGAUUUGGAAGAGGAUUUGUUAGAUGAGGACUGGCUGUCUGGUAAAAAGAAUCCAUCAGAAGUGUCAGAUGAAGAGCUGAAUGAUGACCUCCUUCAAAGUGACGAUGAAGAUUUGAACAUGACCGGUCAGGAUGUCAGCCUCAAUGCCACUUACAGCUUGGGUACAUCCUAUGAGCAGCAGGACAACUUGCAGGAAGCAGACUACACAGAUGACGUUGUGAACCUGGGAGCAGAGGGCUAUGAGGGGGAGGAGGGAUACCAGCAAGAGAAGGAAGAGGCGUUUACAGAGGAGUACGGCCAGCAGGACACCGCGGAGAUGCCCGAAGACCAAGUGGAUUACACUGGGGAGCUGGCUGAUGAUGGCUACCAGGAUGAAGUGCUAGACAUUGAAAUCAAUGAGCCCAUCGAUGGUGAAUUUCAAGAUGAAGAGUUUCAAGGCUCGUAUGGUGAUGGGAUACUUGAGGGAAAUACAGACCAACAGGAACAAGACCCUGAGGAGAUGAGAGAGGAGCAGCAGGAUGAAGAACAAACAGAGCGAGCCCACGUCUAUGAAACAAAGGAGGCUGAAAGUGAAGCCCUGCCUGAAGAACCAAAGGAAGAGUCUGACGAAGAGGAUGAGGAGGACGAAGAGUCUGGCCGCCUCCGAUUCAAAUCUGAGAGGAAGGACGGCGCUGUUGUGCGACUGGCCGACGCAGGGAGUAAAAGAAGGAACAUUCCAGAAACACUCGAACUUUCAGAGAAAGCCAAGCAAGAUUUGAUGGAGUUUGAGGAGCAAGAACGGCAGAAGAGGCAGAACCGUUAUGGAGGCCGAGGGAGAGGUGGAGGAGGAGGAGGAGGAGGAGGAGGAGGAGGGGGGCGAGGAGGCAGAGGAAGAGGAGGCUUUCCUGGUUUUGGAAUGUCAGAUUUCAGGGGAAACCGAGGACGAAUGAAUGAUCAGAGGCUCUCUCUCAUGGGAAGCAUGGGCUUGCAGCCUCCCUCCCGAAUGCAUCUUCCUCAUCAGCCUCACCAGCAGCAACUGCAGUCGCAGCAGCACCACUCCUCACGGCCGCGCGGGCCCCUUCCCUUCCAGGACCACGGGCGCCCGCUGUCCCAGCAGCCCCUUCAGCCGCUCAUCCCGCCCCACAUGUCCCACCGAUCCCCGCCACUGCGACCCCAGAUGGAGCAGCCGCAACGGAUGAUCAGCUCCCCGCCGCCCAACUUCCCCCAGCACCACCAGCAGCAGCAGCAGCCUCCUCAGCCUAAAAACAUCCACAUCAACCCCCACUUCAGAGGGCCGGCAUCAGCCCCCGUGCAAGUGCCCUUGAUGCCUCCUGCUCAGAGCCAGCCCAGACCUGCUGUGGGUCCUCAGAGGUUCCCUGGACCGGGAGACUUCGAGCAACACAUGCCUGGUAAUUUUGGUCAGCCCCAGCGGCCCCCUCAUCACAUGGAGCCCUUUAGAAACCAGCCACCUCAAGGUCCUCAGGACAGAGAGCCACUCUUUAUGGGAGAGUGCCCAGAUUCAGGGCGGUUUCCGGGGCAGCACAUGUUUGAUCACCAGAGCCCCAGCCCUCUGAUGAGCGGCGGCAACAACCUGCACCACCAGCCGCAGCAGCUGCCCGGCCAGAGUCACAUGGGCUUCGGCCCACAAGGCCCAUCCUUCAACCAGCCGGGUCAGGGCCCUCUAGGACUGUUUCAGAGAGAACCCCCCAGACCCAGCCUCCCUCCCCACCAAAGCCACCAGGGACUCAUGAACUUGAAUCAACAAGGUGGCCCCCCCAACCAGCCCAGACCUUUUAUGAGCCCUCGUCAGCCGUUUGGCCAGCAGGGGAACCUCUUCCCCCCUCCACAAGUUCAGUUUGGGAUGCAGGUACGGCUAAGAGGCUUAAUGCAUGGACCUCCCGUCUCCCAGCUUCCACAUCACAACCCGCUGGCAUCCCAUCAGCCCAUGCACCAGCCGCAGCAGCACCACAGGCAGGAGCUACCCCACCAUCAGCAGCAGCAGCAGUUAAACCUCAGCGAGCCUCGCCCCAUGCUCCACCACGGCCAGAAUCCUUUCCAUCAACAGCAGGCGCAUGGUAGCCCCAGGCAGAUGACUCCCCGCCCUCAAAACCCCCAGCAGCGCAACAUGUCCAGCAGGCAGAGGAUGAAUACACCAAUCUCCAAGCAAAUGCAGCAGCGCAACAGCAACCUACGGGAGCUCCCCGUAGCACCUGGCAACACAAACAUGAACAGUGCCCGCCCCGCCGCCACCUCCCAUGCUGCCAACAUCAAACCUGUUGCCAAGACAACACCGGGGCUGCGUCCCGGGCAGAUCGCUCCGCGGAUGUCUGGUGGCGGCAGAGGAAGGGGCCAGGUUACUGCAAGGACUGAAAUGCAGCCCCCAGGAGCCGGCAGAACGGUGGUUCGCAAGGAGAUCCCAAGCACGCCGUCUAACACCGAUCCACAGGACCCCGAUGAAGAUGAGGAAACGCGGCAGUAUCGCAUGAAGAUCGAGGAGCAGAAGCGUCUGAGAGAGGAGAUCCUGAGGAGGAAGGAGCUGCGGCGACAGAUGCAGGCUGGCGUCCGGAAGAAGGAGCUGCUUGAAAGACUGAGUCAGGGCCCGGGUCCUGCACAAGUAGAGGGUACAGAGCCGCAACAGCAAACACUACAACAGGUUCAGCCGGCGCCGCAGCGACAGCAGCAGCAGCAGCAGCAGCAGCAGCAGCAGCAACUGCAGCCACAGCAGCCCAGACCGUUCCCUCAGAGAGCACCACUACCAUUAAAUCACACACUGAAGAACCCUAAUCAAGGCAGCGUCGAUCCACCCGGCGGCCCCCCUCAGAUCCCUCCACUGCGUCCCAACGUGAAGGCCCGUCUGCAGAUGGUGAAAGGCGGUGGGCAGCAGGUUCCAGGGCCCGAUCAAGAUCCACAGUGGCAAUGGACCCAACAAAAUCAGCAGCAGUUCCACCAGCAGCACAGGACCCCAAACAGACCCGGUCCUCAGAUUCAGUCCUUCCAAGGUCCUCAAAAUAACAUCCCAAUUACCCCCUUAGCGAUCCCCUCUCUGGCCCCGUCUCAAGGACUUAAACCCGGGGCGAAGCGAACGGUGAUGCAGCGGGCCAAGAACCCUGGUAUGGACGACCAGCAGGUGCCGCAGAAAGUCAGACUCGUCAAACUUUGUGGAGCGGGUGGAAAGGAGCCUGAGGCCACCGCGGGGAUGGAACAGCCACAAGGCAACUGGCCGGCACCGCCGCUCAAUCAGGGCGUCCAGAGGACGGUUACCAUGACAGGACAGCAGCAACAGGGACCGGGCGGCGCUCCGCAGGCGAGCCGAGGGGGCAUGAGCAACCCGCAGCAGAACAGGAUUGUUCCCUCGCGGUGCCGUUUGCAGGUGGUCAUGUCGGGCCGGGGUCGAGGCAGAGGGGGCGGUCCGAUGGGUCGCGGUCGCCCCAUGCCCACCAGGCAGAACCAAAGAUCCGCGGAGAGCGAGCGGUCCAUUGUGUCGAUCGAGGGCCUCUCCUCGUCCACGACAGACAUGCAGCUGAAGAACCUCCUCCGGUCCAUCGGGCCCAUCGAGAUGUUUAAAAUGAUGCCCCAGCAGAGGAAAGCGGUGGCCAAGUUUUCCUGUCCCCAGCAUGCAGCGAGUUUCCAAAUGAGCUUCCAUCGGCACAUGAUUGAUUUGUCCCACAUCGACGUGUCGCUGAUUGACGGAUGAGGAGCCACGGUAGAGCCGGGGAGGGCCGUCGCGAGGAGCCGCUCCGUCCCGGCGCCAGGGGCCUCCCGCUCGCGGCUCCGCCCCCGCUCCAGGAAAACGUCUCCAUCUCCGUGGGCUCACUGAAACCUGUCGGCUGCAGGACAGCGUCGUCGUCGCCGCCCAUCUGCUCUCGUCUGGGACCAGCGAACACAGAGACAUUCGCUCCGAGCAUGCCCUUUUGUUUGACCACAUGACUGUAGUAGAAAAACAGCACUGGAAAGGCACUGGACCCUUCGAGAACUGCUUUUUAAUUUUUUUGCAUCUUUUACGGACACUAUGUAGAAGCUAUCAUGAGAUAAUGGUUGCUCCCCUCAGAUAGAAAAAAAAAUCCAACUUUUCUCGCAGAGGCUUUAUGAUCUGUUCACAUCACUAGUGUUGAGUGUUGAGCAUUCAUGCAGAGGACGGUUGUGGCAGCGUCUUUCUCCCUCCCCAGCAGAGUGUGUCCUCCCUCUGUAGAUGGCAGCAUUUUAUCAGGAUCGUCUUCAUUCAUUUCAGUCCAGGCAGCCUGCAGUCAGUUUUUUUUUUGGGUCAAUGGCGCUACCUGGUGGAUGUCGUGCACAGCAGCGGUCUACCUUUGAUACAUUUCUGUUGUUUCUUCCAUCAGUUUCCUCGUUGUUUGGACUCAGAGUCGGCGCUGUGGCGGGUGUAGAUUUCCUGGCGCUGCUCAGUCUCACUGUUGCUGUCCAGAGCGAGCCUUUCAGUCAUCUCUCUUUCGACUGGUUGUGUUGAUCGGUUGGUAUCAUCGGUUCUCUUGACUGUCAGUUGGUUUUUUUUAAACUUGUUGAACGUGCUAUUUUGUUUGAGUAAAUAAUUGAUUAAUGCGUUUUGGUCGCUGGUGUUUAUCUGCUGCGUGUGCUGUGACAGAGUGCAGAUAUUUGUGGCGUUUUAUUAGUACAACUUGGACGUUGUAGCAAGUUUGUAGCGUUUGGUAGUCUUAAGAUUCUUUUGUUGGAUGAACACUUUUCUGUGUAGGUCAGUGAGGAUCCUCUUGAUUUGGAGUAAUUGUCAUAAUUUUGUGAGAUUGUCGGGUUUUAGCUUCAACAUCGGAACCCAGAGGAAUUAAUUUAAAUGUCAAGCAUGUGGCGCGAGGCAAAGUAAGUUGGAAUCAGAUUUAAUACACACACACACACACACACACACACACACAUUAACUGUAAUGACAUCACUCUAGGAACUGCACAUGUUGGUGACGAACUCUAAGAGUUUUUCCUCUUUAAAUUGGCUUUUCAUCUUCAAAAUACAAAAUCCUAACUUCUGCUUGCACUACAGGUUCCAUGUUCUCUUACAUCUCAUAAAACACAAUCACUCAAUCGUCAUCUACAUGCAGUUUGAAGCUUUAGGCUCCUUUUGCCAUUCUGUGAAUUUACUACACAAAAUUUUCAUUUUGUUAAACAGUUGAGCCGCUCUUUACAGAAGCUGAGAAUCUAUUUCUAUAUUUUUCUACAUUUAAAGGACGAGGACAGAUGAAAUUGAGGGGCCAACCAUUAUCUAUGUAGUGAUCAUAUAAUACCUGAACUUUCUCUCAGUAUUUAUCUGAUUUUUUUUUUUCUUAAGUUCGUAUUUUUUCAAGUUGUAUUAAGCUAAACCCUUUUUUUUAAUCUGUAAAACUUUACUGAUGUGUCCAGGCAAAAAUCAUUUUAUAUGUGGUUUGUUUCUACUUCAGAGCCAAAAAAAAAAGACGUUACUGGACCACAUUCCUGUUAGUAACACAAAGUUUUUAAGGGAAAAAACAAGACACACAAAAAAAAUAAAAAGGUGGCCAAUAUACCGUCACUGUGCAGGUAUGUGAAGCCGGUUGAACUUUUGCCCAAAGAUGUGUGGUUUUCUGUGAUGUCCAUGUGUCUGGUGCCUCCACGAUGAAGUAUUUUUUGAUGGUUUUUGACACUUAAAUCUUUUGUACCUAACAUGUUGUUCAAGUUCAAACUUGCAUCAUAUCGUAGAUUCUCAAAAAUAAUAAUAAUAAGGUUAAAACCUUUUUGUUUAAAUUAUAUCACUUCAGUCUCCAGGUUGGUUGAUUUAUUUAUUUUUUUUUUUCAGUUUUCAGACACAAAAUCGGAAAACAAAUGGUUAUUUCUUAAGAACAAUUUAAGGGAAAUAUCACUUAAUUUAAGUGCCGAAUUCAUUUGCUUUGGAAUUCACGGCACAGGACUUUUGGCUUCAAACGCAACCAGGAUGUCAUACUAAUGCGCAGCUCCGCCAGUAGAGAGAGAUUAAACUUAAAAGAAGUGCGAUAAAUACAUUUCGGUGUGAUUCGGAAGUCUAUACAGUCAUUUAUAUAUCUAUUUAUUGAGACUAAUCGAUGCUCCCAGUUGUGCAUCUGGAUGACAUCGGGUUGAAGUCCCCGACUUCACAUCUUGAGAAGUGAUGAGUUCCAACUUCACAAGUCCGUAUUGGCUUGCGUCCCUUUCUGCAUGUGUGGAUCACGUUCACAAAUUUAGUGGUAUUUCCCUUAAAUGUCAGUCAAGAUAAGUCUUAAUGCACCAAAAUUAAAAGGGAAAAAAAAAAAAAGAUGCAAGUGGUGGGGAUUCCUUUUCCCACCUGAGGAGGUCACUAUCGGUAGAGCAGGGGUUCAAACCGGGUGUCUGAAUGCCCCCUAAAGCUCCCCUCGUUUUGUCAAUCUUGAGUGCUUUUGAGUCUUUUUGUAUGUUUGGCCGUUCACUGACUCUUUGUGUUUUUAUUCCUUUUUUUUUUUUUUUUUUGGUUUUGUUUUCUGUUCUGGAGGUUUAUGUCCUCUUCUCUCGAUGUAUAUACUUCCUGUCCCUUAUCUUGCGGGGUUACACUUGUAAAGUGUGCUGCUGGUUAAAUCCUGUGGAUUUUGAAAGCGUAUCGGCAAUGCCGAUCAUAGAAAUCCUGAAAUAAGACGCUGUGUCUUGUAACGCAAGAACAGAUUCAUAUUGGAUCCACAUGUACCUCUAUUCUCAGAGAUACUCGCUUUUAAGUCUUGUUAAUAUUUAGACUGAACUCGGCGUGUUUUCCUCACAACACUCCGUAGAGUUGAUCCGACAGAUUUAACAGAUGACUUGUAUUGUCAGAUGUUAAAUACUGUGGUUUAAAUGUGUGCUAAUGGUUAAAAAUCAUCCAGUAGUGUUGAGAUAGAUACAUAAAACUAGCUGGGACAAAUUCUGCACAACACUAACUUCUUAUUCCCCCGACAGGUCCACUUGACGGUUCCUGAGGCGGAAAUGUUGCGUUUCUCCUGGAGUUAACCUUUCUUUCUGCUUUUUCCAGGUCAGAUUCUGCCUCAGAAAUGAAAUCUCUCCACAUCUAAUGAAAUCAGUUGGUGACCAAACCAGAGGUCUGACAUGUUUUAGUGGCUUUUAUAUGGAGCAGCAUAGCCGGUAAUGUUUCCCAGCAUGCUACAGUAGAUAGGUGUGGGAGAGAGCAGUGUGAGGACGAAUGCAGGGGUCAAGAGGUCGGAGGAGUUUUCCUGUUAAUUUUUUUAAGAAGUAAUCAUGAGAAAACCAAGAAGUUGUACAUUUUUUUUGUUUGGAGAAGUCGAGGAUUUCAGUGAAACUGUCUUUUAGUGACAGAGGAUGUUUGAGGUGAGAAUCAGGGCCAGAGUUCUGUGUGAGAAUCAUCACUUCGCCUCAUGUUGGAUGGUCUCAUUGUUUCCAGAAGGUCAGCAGGUCAUUUCACGUCGUGCGUCGCUGUUUUGAACUUCUUGAACGACACCUAAAACAUCAACCAGACGUCAGUAGCACUGAUAUCGAAUGACCUCUGACCUUUGUCGGUGUAGCAGUGGAAGGCAGCAUGUCAAACCUCUGGUAUGGUCCCACACGUCACGAUGCCGAUGUGUUUUGUUUUUCUGUGCGUGCGCGUGUGUGUGAACACACACACCUCACGUGACCUGAAGCCACCCCGGGCGUGGCCGCGCCGCCUCAGCAGAACGGCCUCUGGGAUUAACGCUUCAGGUGCAUUUUUCAACAGCUUAGCCGGCGGGCGGAGCCGGGGGUCCGCGGCGACGCCGCCUCAUCACCUCUGCCUCAACCUGUUCCCGUGACACUCCGGGGUUUUUUUUUGUUGUUUUCACAGCCUUCAGCCCCUGAACGAAGAUCUCACUCAAACUCUCUCCCCUCACUUAACAGCUUGCCGCAAAAUCGUCAUCCCACAUUUCUCCCCAUUUCUGCUUUUUCUUCCGACUUACCUUUCACCGAGUUGACCGUUGCUCGCCGUUUCCUGCUGCCGUUGCCGCCGCCACCGCUGCUGCUGCUGCUGCUGUUGUUGAUUGAACCUGAAACUUCUGUAUCAAGCAGCGCGGCCUGCCUGGAUUGCCGUUGUUUGUUAGCGCGGUGGACGGAGGUUUCCGCCUCCUCGGUGACGAGAGCCGGGCUCGCAGAGCAGACACUAACUCGAAAGAGAGCCGCCGCACGGCGGCCGUCCCUGCUUCAUGACACUCAGUGUUCCGUUGGAACACUGAGUCAACUUGUGACUCUUUGAGAACAAUGAGCGAACAUCCAGCCUCUUGAAGUUGUUCCUCUUCACCCCCUGAUGUUUCGGGUCAAGUCGUCGUGUUUUCUGUUGGAUUACUCUGAAAUCUUUGUGCACUUUUGUUGUGAUCCUGAAAAAUCACCGAGUUUGAAAUGUUGGAAAGUUUUAAAAACACACUGAAAUACGAAAUCUGUUAAAGUGAUGGAAAAUAAACCUUUUUUUAUGCACAAUG